UAUAAUAUAUUUCAAUCAAAUUAAUCGAAAUUUUCAUGGAAAAUUUAGUUUUAUUUUAUAAAUUUCGAGAGCAUCGAUGACAAAACUAUUCAAUCAGACAUCCGUGUAUUAUGCACAACAUCAUAAACAAUAUUAUAUUAAAAACUUUAACUGAUUUCUCGUAUCAAUUUUUCUUUGCUAAUGUUUCGAAUGUAUUUUAAUUGUUAUAUUCGAGAAAUUGUUGAAAAAUAAUGUCAGAUCUAGUAGAUAAUUGGGAAUCAGCUGAAACUAGCGACGACUCAUGUAUUUCUGAUGAUAACCUCUCGUACAUUCAAUCUUAUGAAAGCUCUUCAAAUUGUGAUUUCCUAGAAGGCUACUCAGUUUUAGAUAUUAGCAAAAAUAUAAUAUCAAUUGCUGACAAACUUGGCGCCAAAAAAACUCGUAAAUGUUUAAUUCCGUUUUUAACUAAUUGUAUUAUCGCCGGAAAACUAACAGAAUUGAAAGAAUUAGCUUCUAUCUUAGGCGAUUUUGAAUGUAAAGUUGGAGGACCAAGAUAUGCUUAUAUUUUGUUGCCUCCAUUAAAAGAAUUAGCUGGAUCAAAAUCGUGUGACGUUAGAAUGACGGCGGUGAAUUCUUUAUUGACAUUAGCUGAUAUCAUGGAAGUUCACGAAGUAGAGACACAUUUUAUUCCAUUAAUAGCUAAUAUGACAUUUAAUGAACAAUGUGCGAAAAGAUGGUCAGUAUGUCAUUUAUUUUCUACCGUAUAUUUACGUGUUAAUCCAAUAUACCAUGAUAAUUUAGUGGAAUAUUACACAUGCUUGUGUUUGGACACACUUCCAUCAGUGCGGCAAGAUGCAGCAAAAUGUUUAGCUAAAUUAAGUGAAGUAGUUCAAUUUCCAGUUAUCGAUACAAAAAUAAUCCCACGACUUAAACAAUUUAGUAUUGACCAAAAUGAACAUGUAAGAACAUUAGCUCUAUCAACAACUAUUUCAAUAUCACAACAUCUUGAUACAGUUUUUAUAGAACGUUAUAUUUAUCCAAUAAUAUUGAACUCCAUCAAAGAUAGAUCAUGGAGUGUACGGUUAACACUUGUUAAAAAUAUAUCUAAGAUGCUUGAAGCUUUCGGAGUGAAAUGCAAACAAUUAAGAGAAUUAAUUUUUCAAAUGUUUAUGAAAUUAACUAAUGAUUGUCAAUCAGAAGUUCGAUUUCGAUCUAUAGCUAUUAUUUAUGAUUGUACUGUCGUUUUAUACAAAGAACUUUCGAUGGAAGAAGCUGAUCAAAUAAUAAUUAAUUAUUUAAUCCCAACUCUUCGCAGUUUAAGUCAAGACUGUGUUUUAAGAUGUAGAAUGGAAGUACCAGUGGUAUUAGCUAAAUUCGGAAAAAUAAUUUCUCCUGAACUCGUUAAAGAUUAUCUUAUUGAAUUAAUCAAAGAAUUGCUUGAAGAUAAAAAUAUUGACUUUGUGUUUAACGUGGUUAAAUACAUGAAAGAUAUACUCGGAAUGAAUUAUUAUGACAAGCUAACCAUUCCAGAAGACCGAUUAAUUUGUUCUUUAAAAGCAUUUAUAAUUAAUGAUUCGUGGGAAAUGCGUAACACAGGAGCUAUGUAUUUGGGAACGUUAGCAGUCCAAAUGGGCAAGUCAUUCUUCGAAGAAUAUUUAAAACAAGCAUUUUUUAUUCUUUUAGUUGAUGCAAAAUCAGUUGUUCAAAAUACUACGAUGGAAGUUCUUAAAAUGUUAAUAAGAGAAUUUGGAAUGAAUUGGGCACUGUCUUCAAUAAUUCCAUUUAUAAUUGAUUUGUCUUAUUCUAAGAAUACUUACAACAAAAUGGCAUUUUUAUCAUUCGUUAAACAGGAACGUGGUGUGACACUGGAUCAUCAGUCACUGCUUUAACGCUGAUGUUCAACUGCGCUGAUUAUUGUAAAUUCCCGGAUGGGUGAUCACACGGGAACUUUAACAGUUAAUGAAGUUGCGUUAGGUCGGCAGCCAGUAUAAAAACUUGCCAAAUCGUAAGGUAAUCCCAGGACUGGGACUGAACUUAAAAAAACAGUUCUUCUUAAUAUUUAAAAUACGAAAGUAUCGUGAAAUUUGGAGGGAUGGUAAAAACAAUAUCUUAUAUUAUACAUCCCCCAUAGACAAAAUUCUAAAAACGCCUUUGGGCUAUGAUUAAAUUUUUAUUAAUUAGGACUAAAACUUAUAUUUGAAGUAUGAAAAUAAUUUUAACCCGAACAUAAACCAAUAAAAAGUUGAGAAAUUUAGCUUUUAAUGAAGUGUUUUAAGUACUUAAAUGUUAGGAUUCAUAAAUUUACAGAUAGUUUUAAUAAUUUUCCAAUCUAAGAGUUAAUAUUAUUAAGCUAAAGAAAUUUUACUUGUAUUUGAUAAAACCAAACAGUGACGGCACAAGCAUUUGUGGGACCAUGGGCAAAAUAAAUUACAAAUUUUGUGGGGACAUCAAUAAUAUUACAAUUUCAAAACCGCGGAGUCCAACGUAACUAUAAUUUUCACGUCGUCAUUAAAGCCAAAUAACGAUCAAAAUUAUUAAUAUAUUUCAAUUUUUUGUAUUUAAUCCUCUAAAAACCCGUUACUCAGCUCAACCCUUAGCUCUGGUGUCUUUACUCGAUAGUAGUACCUACUAUUUAAUUAAAAGUAAGUUUUUUCAAUUUAAGUAUAUUUUUUAUAUAAUUUGUUAUUGUAUAAAAUAUAAAUAUAACAUUAAAAAACAUCAGGCAUUUUAUGAUAUAUGUGAAUGGUCGACUUUGGAAAAAUUGUUUCCUUGUGUAAUACACCUUCAUUCGGACGAAAAUCCAAACUUGCGUUUUACUGUUAUCAAAGUACUUCAUAUGAUGAUGCCACUUCUCGUAGA